AUGGCUAGCUAUCGUUAUUUGUAUUUUUUCGCCACCAUUCUCAUCCUUGUUUUGCCUUGGUUAGGGCUAAAUUGUAAAGCUGAAUUAUAUGAAGGCAUUACUAAUAUUCAGUCGUUAAACAAUGAUACACUCGAUCGCUACUUGGUCAGAAGUAAUCGAUGCUGGCUGGUACAAUUUUAUUCUUCUUGGUGUGGCCAUUGCCAAAGUUUUGCACCAACUUAUAUUCGUUUAGGUGAAGAUGUUGCAGGUUGGAAAUCAGUUAUUGCUCUAGCAGCUGUCGAUUGUUCCGAUGUUAGAAAUGUUCCUGUUUGUCGUCGUCAUCAUGUUGAUGCUUUUCCAACGUUUAAGCUGGUCAAUCUCAUGUCCUCCGAUUUGUCCAAAACCGCAAUUGUUUAUGACGGAGAAAAAAACAUUCAAGACAUGAGGACAGCAAUGGUGGACCAUAUCAUUAAACAGCAUUGGAACCGUAAUUUGCCCUGGUUACAUUUUGUCAAAUUUGAGCAUUUUCGUGCUCUUUUAUCCAAUAUGUUACCUAUCCAUCAUGCUGCCAUUGUUAUAUUUGAAGAUUCUCAUUCUUACUUAGGCCGUGAGCUGGCUCUAGACUUAACAAGCAAUAAAGAAAUGAUCGUUUUUCGAGUAGAUCGAAAUAAAAAAUUGUUAAGCGCGAAAUUUCAUGUCACUAGCUAUCCAUCUGUCUAUUUCUUGCAUCGUAAUAGCAAGAUUGUCAAGAUUGCUGUAAAGUCGAACUCAUCUCGAAAAUUAUACGUAAAAUCAUUUAAAAAUAUGGGUCUUAUAUCGUCAUUUAAACUUAAUUCUACGAAUCAGAAGAAAACAGACCUACACAAUCAUCAUUUGCCAUCCGUUGCCGCCAAGGUCAAUAUCAUUGAUUUAGACUCAGCUAUAACUUUUGCAUUUCGACGAGAGCUGUGUUUAAAAUCGACACUGAAUAAAAAUGAAACGUUAGCGUUAAGAAACUUUGUCAUGAUACUAUCUAAGUGUUAUCCUGGUUCUCCACGACGAAUGAAAUUUCUUCAGCUGCUUUACAAAUGGAUGAAUAAAAGAGAAUACCUUAAUCAAAUUUCUACUGAACAAAUUACAACUUUUAUUGACAGUAUGAAUGCUAGUUUACCAAAGAAAAUAGUUUGGUCUAAAUGUAUGGGUAGUCAUUCGCACUUGCGUGGCUAUCCAUGCGGCUUAUGGACCUUAUUUCAUACCUUAAUGACGCAGAAUUGCCAAAGCAAUUUCGGGAUGGCAAUGGAUCGCCGGAAAAUACUAUAUGGUGUCCGCAAUUUUGUACAAUACUUUUUUAGCUGUCAGAAAUGUCGUUAUCACUUUUUGAAAGAAGCUGCCACAAUCAGUUCAACAGUUAAAAGCAAUGACGAUGCUGUAUUGUGGCUAUGGAGAGCUCAUAAUAAAGCCAAUUCAAGAUUAAAGGACGACAAAAGUACCGAUCCUGAAUUUCCUAAAGUUCAGUUUCCACCUUUAUAUUUAUGUCCUACAUGCCGAUUGCCAUCACAGUCUUACAACGACAGUACCAUCAAAUGGAAUAAAGAUAAUGUUUUGAAAUUUUUGCAAAAAUUUUACUCCGAUAUUGAAUACAACGAAAAUGGUGCGGAAUUACCGCUACAUGUAAAUUACGUUCGAGCACCAAGUGGAAGUGGUGUUAUCCAAAUGGGCUGGGAUGUUAGUUUAAUGAAUACAGUGGAUAUAUCAUUUUGCAUCAUCAUGUAUCUUACCGCAGGCGUUAUCAUUUUCUACAUGUACUGGUAUUUCUGUACACGUGGGAAAUAUAGAAAGUUAUGUAAACGUAAAAUUACAUACUAA